AAAGGGCUGCAAAGUGUAAAAUUGGAACUUUCGAUCAUGUUUCCAGAUUUGAACUCUUUGACAAAUUUCAGCGAAAAAAGCCCUCCCAAGAGGAAGUUUGUGUUAAUAUCAGAUUGUCAGAAUGAUGGAAGCUUCCUUAUACAUCACUUUCUUACCAUGUACAUUAAAGGAGGUUUUAAAGUAUUUUUUGUUGCAUUAGUCCAGUCCUUCUCUCAUUACAACAAUGUGGCUCAGAAACUAGUAAGUAUAAAUCUGUUUAUUUGUCAUUUAUUUAUUUAUUUAUUUAAUAUCAAUUUUUUUCCUCUACUUAUUACUCUAUUGUCAAUAAAUUUACUUCCUGUGAGAGUCAAUGUGGAUACAGGCAUCUUUGUUUUUGUCUGCAGAGGUCAAACCUUUACACUUCAGCCUCUGUGCAACAGAAUCAAGUCGUCUCUUGGUAAAGAGACAAAACCUUGUUUGCUGCUGAUUGAUGAUUUAACAGCUCUUCUGUCCAUUGGCAUACAUGUCCAGGAUGUUAUCAAUUUCAUUCACUAUUGCUCUACUCUGAUGUGCUACUCUCCAUCCAUGGUACACGUAAACAUUUUAACCCUAGUACACAAUGACAAUGAUGUAGAUGAUGAAGAGUCACUAUUACUAUGGAAACAGCUGUGCUAUGUCGCGCACAUGGAACUUCAUGUCAGAGGGCUUAACAGUGGCUACUGUAAAGAUGUCCAUGGUCAGCUCACCAUAACUAGCAGAGACCAGAACAAAGUGAAACAUAGUUCAAAGGUUGUACAGUAUAAGAUACAUGACAAGACUGUCACAUGCUUUGCUCCUGGACUGUCCAAGGCUGUUCUUUAGUGUUAAGGAGACCAACACAAAUGGAAAACAGUUAAUAAGAAGGAUGUGAAGUGACUGUAGAAUAUCUGCAAAAAGAUGACAUUAGUGCAGCUUUUUCUGACUUAGCCAUACAGAAAUAUACUGACCAAGAUCCGCCUCUGCAGCAGGCUACCUAAAGUACCAUACUAGGGGGGACCUGUGGGGUGACUGUACUAUAGGAGAGCCUAUAUCAAGUGUGGGUAGCAUAUGAAGUGAUCUCACCUUCUUGUCAAUGACUUCAAUUUCAAGACAGGAUCAGAGCAACUUUGCCUCCUGAGUUAACUGAUGAUCAAUCCAUCAGCAGUAAAAAACUGAACAUACUUAAAAAGUUGUUGUUGUUGUUGUUAUUGUUGUUGUUUUUAAGUAAACCUUUUGAAUGAUGGCGGUAAAGGUAACGGCCUGUCCUUUCACUUUGCUGGCAUGAAAAUUUUCAUUUAGACUUUUAAGGGCAACCAAAAGUAGGAGCUUGGCAAGAUGUGUCCACUCACCCGUUAUGCCUGUCCCAGUCCUCUCCUUUGUUGUAGUUGUUGCUGCUACACUGUACUACCUCUGUUUGAACUGCUGAAGAGCAGCAUGUUCAACACUACAUUGGGCCAAGUGGCCCAUACAGCCUGAACUUAUUUCCCCGUUUCUAUAGCAUUAAAUGACUAGGAGUAUUUCUACUCCCCCCUGGAUGGGAUGCUCAUCCAUCACGUGCACAAGGUUAGCCUCCAAAUUCCCUGGUACCCAUUUAUACUCGUGGGUGGAGAGAGGCACUGUGAGAGUAUUAGAAAUGUAUUGCCCAAGAACACAAUGAGGUGACCCCAGCAAGGGCUCAAACUUGACUGCUCAAUCUGAAGUCCAGUUUCCUAACCACUAGGCCACCUCAUGUCCAAGAAGCAUGCAUAC